CCGGAACCUGGGAUUAUAAAGCAAAGGGAAGAGGAACCUGCGCCGGCGUUUCCUUUCCCUUCCUCCACCGUCCGUCUCCUUCAGGCCCAAGCUCGAGCUGCUCGCCCACCGGCCCGGCAUCGCCUUCGCCAUGGCCCUCAGCGAUGCUGACGUGCAAAAGCAGAUUAAGCAUAUGAUGGCUUUUAUUGAACAAGAAGCCAAUGAAAAAGCAGAAGAAAUAGAUGCAAAAGCAGAAGAAGAGUUCAACAUUGAGAAAGGUCGUCUUGUGCAAACCCAAAGACUGAAGAUUAUGGAAUACUAUGAGAAGAAAGAAAAGCAGAUAGAGCAGCAGAAAAAAAUUCAGAUGUCCAAUAUGAUGAAUCAAGCAAGACUCAAAGUCCUCAGAGCGAGAGAUGAUCUUAUUACAGACCUACUAAAUGAAGCAAAACAGAGACUCGGCAAGGUGGUAAAAGAUACAACUAGAUACCAAGUGCUGCUGGAUGGACUGGUACUCCAGGGUUUGUACCAGUUAUUGGAGCCCCGGAUGAUUGUUUGUUGCCGGAAACAGGAUUUCCCUCUGGUAAAGGCUGCAGUGCAAAAAGCAAUCCCUAUGUACAAAAUCGCCACCAAUAAAGAUGUGGAUGUCCAAAUUGAUCAGGAGGUCUACCUACCUGAGGAGAUAGCUGGUGGAGUUGAGAUCUAUAAUGGGGAUCGUAAAAUAAAAGUUUCCAAUACCCUAGAAAGCCGACUGGAUCUCAUAGCUCAGCAGAUGAUGCCAGAAGUACGAGGAGCCUUGUUUGGUGCAAAUGCCAACAGGAAGUUUUUGGACUAAGCCUUUGGGAGGUGGAAUUCAUGCACUGCAAUGAUGUAGAAGUUUCUGAUAUCUGAAGAAACAAGAUGAUCUAUGUAGCUUUCUCUUUGCUAUUCUAAUACACUAUAUUUACUCGUGGAUAUCCUUCUAUACUAAUGCCCUUAGCCUAAUUGUUAACAAUAGGAGAAAGUUUCAUUUAAUAUGAUCAGGAAGCCUACCUCUAGCUUAUCUAAAAGUAACAAAACUUUCAGUUGGUUCUGCAGCUUGAAGGUGAAGAAAUCAGGUGGUGGUUGCAUGGACUUUGCCCAGACUUGUGUUCUUCCUCUGCUUCUAGUUAUCUAGUCUAGAAGUUCUGUGUAUGGUGUGCUCUGCUGGUAACUCUGCUCUUUAGGCUUAACAUACAUGUGGGGCAUGCAUUCCUUCCAGCAGUAGUAGCUUCACUGUUACCUGUUUGGGCUUAGAAAUGCUCCUUAUCUGUAAACGUGAUUUAAAAUGUAAGCCAUGCUGCUUUAUUUAUUAAAACAAAACAUUUAAGUGAAUUAAAUUGUAAUUUAUUAUGCAAGAUA